AUGGGAUCCUGCUGCGGAGCGAACGCGAUGCCAGUGGUGGAUAAUAGUGAGAACUCUAAACCCCAACGGAAGCGCAAUGUUACGUUUUCAACGUUUCCCGCCCUCGAUAUUGAAGUUCACCGACCCGGGGGGGAUGCGGACAGUAUGCUCAGUCUAACCCGCAGAAGCAGUACUUUUCCAAUGGAUCAGACCAUGUACACUGUUAGUGAGUUCAACGCCACCUUAGCAGACACUGUGCGCAGUUUAAAUCUAACUCCCCGGGAUGAUGUUGGUCGAAGCCUGGUGACGAACGGUCUGGAUGAGGUUAGUGAGCGAGACGUUGACAGCUUCGUAGAUGACGUUCUUCAUAUAGGUCUGUUAGAUUCACUUGUUACGGUUGAGGAGCGCGUCGGCAACGGUUACGGCCUUGGCAGCAGGUGCCUAUCUCCCUCUGGGGGACUCGGAGGACCUGUGUGGCUUUCGAAGGAGCAGUUGCAGUACUUAGAGAGAGCUCCGGACACUUCAGAGCGACUUGCUCGUCUAGCAGAGCUUGAAGAAAUGUCGCGCCAAGAGAUUUUUGCGGCGUGGUUGAUGAAUUCUACCCUCCUGAAGAUGGGGGCGGCACGGGUUAUACCAACAAUCCGGCGUUGCCGAGCGGCGAAUGAGAAGGCGUCUAAGAAUAGAGAUGUCAUCGUUAUCCACGCCAAAGACAUUAACGUGCGUGCUAACGACGAUCCAGGCCUAGAGAGAAACUGGAACUCGCCCCGAUUUGAGGCUCUUGGCCACACUGGCUCCUUUUCGCCUCCUGAUGAGUCCGGUGUGGAUGAACCGUCACCCGAAGUAACGGAGCAUUACCAGAUAUUGGCGUUGACGGGACGCGCCGUCAACGUAAAGAACAAGGUUCGUUCGCACAUCGUAUCGGAUACGUGGGAUUUCCUGUCGAGAUGCGAAGCCUCCGAGGUUCUUAACAAGGGCGAUGUGUUUUUUAGGUUCGUCUGUAGUCCGAUUACGAACUUAAGUGAAGAUAGUCUCAAAAUUAUCGACACCUUGAUAAACCUGUCCAGCUUCAGAGAUGAGUUGGGGGAGAACAACGUGCCAAGAGUAGAUGUCUAUUCUAAUGAAGAGCAACGGAAAUACGUCUCUAUUUUGGUGAAAACGAUGAAUUUGUUACCAGGUGUGUCUAUUUCCAGCAUAACACCCGAACUUGUUGCAAGCCUUGACUAUCAGCGUAGCUGUCAGCCUGGUGAAAAUAAGUUUGAACCGAGCGAUGACCCACACACUUUUAGGCAGGUCAAGACCUUGAUUAGGUUUAUAUAUAGUAUAACCAUUCAAAUGAAGGUAAGCGAAAUAACAGAUUCCAACGUGCUCCUUAAUCUCAAGGAGAUUGAUGGCAUGGUUCCCGCCAAAGCGUUGAUGCUGGAGCGAACAAAAAAAAACAUAAUGUCAUCCGACUCCACGGUGAAGGUUCGUUCUUUUCUGCUGUAUUAUCCUGUGAAUGAGGGCGUGCUCGUUAAUAACCAAACCAUUGUUAUAAACAAGUCUCUCCCUCGUGUCGCUUCGAAGCUUCUCCAGACGUUUGGUUCCCAAGGCGCCUCGGAUGCAGUGAAAACGGCUGUGCAAACACGAAAUUACUUCUUUAAUCGCUUCGGGGAUGGCAGGACGGGGGGAAUUUGA